UGCUAAUAAACAUUGCAUCAACAGAAACAUUAAAAGUUCUAUUUUUUUAUUUUUUAGUAUUACUAUAAAUAUGUUAGCAAAUUAUUAUCUAAUAUGCACGAUACUGCUGUUGUCAAUUCACCAAAGUUUGCAGUGGUCUAUUCCAAGGGUCAUAAGCGUUGAGCAUGGAGAGUCCCUUCCACUGGUAAAUUUUUCAGGCAAAGAUAAUGUAGCAAUGACAUGUUCUUCUACUGGAGAUCCUAAACCAACUUUAAGAUGGACAUUUAACGGGACAGAAAUUCAAAAUGAUGACCAACAUCGAAUUUCAUCCGGAAAUUCCAGGUUAACAGUCUACUCAGUUAAAAUGCACAAUGCAGGAGUGUAUCGUUGCUAUGCAAAGAAUGACUAUGGAACAACUUUUGGAGAAUUAUUAUUAAGAGUGGCUACCAUUGGAGAUUUUGAUAAAGGUUUUAAAUCUACUGCUGCACUGAAAACAGUUCAAGCAAAGCUUGGAGCACCUUUCAAAAUACCAUGCCCCAAACACACUGAAGGAAGAGGACAAAUAUACUUUUGGGGUGUUAUGAAACCUAACCAAGCACCAAUAAUCUGGGAUACUGGAUCGCCAUUGUCACAUAUGUUUGUGGGCAAACAUGGCGCUAUUUCAUUUGCGUUCCUUAAACAAUCUGAUGUUGAAAAAAUUAACAAGCUUGGAGGAAUUAGUUGCAUUCUGUAUAAUGAAAAAGAAGCACAUCAAAGUGUCAAUUAUAAAAUCGAAUAUGGUGAAGAUAUUACAAACCAAACAUUUCCUACAAAGUUAGUUUCGUACAUGGAUGAAGAAUUUGUGGGUGUUGAGAACACUAUAAAAAAUAUUGUAUGUGGAGCCACUGGAAGACCAGUGCCGAAAAUAUCAUGGUAUAAGGAUGGUACUUUAAUCUAUGAUGCUAAUAAAGGUUUUGUUGAUGGAGCUGCUGACAACUUUCGCAUUUCUGACGGAAGUAUGAAACUAGACAUACUUCGUGUGAAAAAAAACGAUGCUGGUAUUUAUAAAUGCCUUGCCAAAAAUCCACUUGCAUCAGAUGAGAAGGAAGGCCGGCUUAUCGUUCAUCAUGGUGCAUCUUUCAAAAAGGAAUUGCCUGGAAAAAUAUCCUUUAAUUAUCACUCGCCUAUGGUUCUAACAUGCGUGGCUGAUGGAUUUCCAGCUGUGAGUUACACCUGGUAUCACAAUGGUACUAUUAUCACUUCAAACACUGAGCGUGAAAUAUCAAAUGGCACAUUAACAAUACUGUUGCCAGAAUUUCAGCAUAGUGGUGUGUAUAUGUGUCUUGCGACAAACUAUUUGAGAACAACAGUUUCUCCAGGAUUUGUUAGUAUUGAACCUGUUCUACCAUUGUUUGGAAAAAUGCCUGAAAAUCCAACAUAUUUCUUCAAGCGAGAAGUAAACUCACUUUAUUGCAAUGCUACAGGUGGUCCUGCACCUCUUAAGACUUGGUAUCGCAACAACAUCAAGAUUGAAACAAAGGACCAUUUUACAGUUCAUAGUAAUUCUACUGUGGUUGUAUCAAACGCUGCUGAGACUGACGGAGGAGAGUACAAAUGUGAAGCAAUUAAUGUUAAAGGUGCAAAAGAGAGUGUGACCACAGUCAAAGUAGUUGAACGAACUGUCAUAAACAAGCCACCCGCAGAACGUACUGCUGUUGAAGGAAUGCCAUUAUUACAAUUGUUUUGUGAUGCUAUUUACGAAAAGAAACUUAAUGUCAAUUUUGAAUGGAUGAAAAAUGGUGCACCGUUACAAUUUGAUGAACGCGUCUAUAAAGAAAGAAGAAACAAAGGAAUUGCGCGUAUCAUAUUUUUUAAAUAUUUAAAACUAAGCGAUGCAGCAAACUACACUUGUCGGGUGUAUACCACAGAUGGUCCAAGAACUGUGUCAGAGGACCAAAAAGUUGGGAAGAUUAUUAUAAUAGCCAAACCUUUGAAGCCAACCAACGUAAAAAUAUCUGGUGACUGCAGCAGCAUGAAAAAUGUCAACUUGACAUGGACUGCGUCCGUUGCAACUGGUGCACCUGUUCAGUACUAUAUUAUCGAAUACGCUUCAGCAAGUUCAAAGGACAAAUGGUACACAUACGAUCCAGAUAGUGAACAAACAUCUCAUACGUCUACUGAACUUUUAAAAGCUAAUUUACCUGCUGCAACCGCUGACCUUGUAUUCCGUGUAACAGCUGUGUCAAUGUAUAAAGGCGACAAACUGAUCAGCCCACCAAGCAAGUCUACAGCUUCUGGAGCAUGCCUUCCACCUGGUGGUCCACCAAUCCUUAACCCGAAUAACGUGAGGAGUAAUAUUGAAGGCGAUGGAAAGUUGACAAUCACUUGGGAUCCAUUAGAUAAAAUGCACAAACCAGGACCAGAUUAUAAGAUUGUUGUCGGCUACCGUAAAGUAACAAAGCCACCAUCAGAAUUCGUCAAUGCAACAUUACCUGGAGAUCAGACAAGUUUUGUUGUGCCAGAUCCAGGUUCCAACGAAAAAUAUGAGGUGUUUGUUCAAGCAAAAAAUAAAUACGGCAGUGGACCAAAGUCGAAAAUUGAAGUGAUGACGUCUGGUGAUAAAGCAAUUACAUCUGCAGUUAAAAACGUCAAAGUGGUCUCCACCUCAUCAACUCAUGUGGUUUUAUCAUGGGAUGAAGUGGAAAGAGCAACAGGAUACAGGAUUUAUUACCGGGUUGAUAGUGCUAGCACACGCAAAAGAAGGGAAUCACCUGGAACUGAUUAUAAAGAUGUCACUACUAAAGAUGGUGGCAAUGUGACUGGUUUACAACCAAACAAAGAUUAUAAAGUUGCUGUAGCAGCCCUUAAUGCGAAUGGAGCUGGACCAAAAAGUCAGGAAGUGUCGUUCAAAACCGACAUAGGAGUACCUGGUAUUCCCACUAACGUUAAACUCAACAUCCUUGGUAGCGGUCUGCAUUUAUCAUGGACGCCUCCCUCUGAUAAGAACGGGGACGUGACGUCAUAUACAGUGAGAUGGUACAAAACUGACGAACCAGCAGUAAAACAUACGAUGACAUUAGAUGGCGAUGCUCAGGAAGCUUUUAUUACAAAAAACCUUGACCCUUUAUCAUACUACACUGUAGAGUUAGUGGCGAAUACUGACGCAGGUAAAGGAAAAUCAUGGGUGAUGGACGGUAUUGUUGUUGGAGACCCUGACUCCCCUGGCAAACCUGGAAAGCCCAUUGUGUAUGCAGUUAAUGGUUCUAUUCUUAACGUGACCUUUACACUACCUGCAAAUUACAUUGGUGAUAUUCCCAACAAAUUUCGAGUGUUUUAUUACAAGAAAGAAAGUGACAACCCCGUGGUGAAGAACGUAUCCCAAGCUUACCCAGAUAAAGCAUGGCUCGAACUAGAUAAACUGGAGUAUACAAGGUACAUUAUUUGGACGGCUGGAGAGAAUAGUCUAGGUGUUAGUGGUAAAAGCGAGAAGGUGGAGGGGACACCGAGUGAACCAAUCGUUGUGCCUGCCAAAGAAAGUUCAGACGAUCCAUUUUAUGCGAAAAUCUGGUUUAUUAUUCUUAUCUGUUUGAUCAUUUUGCUGAUUAUAAUUAUUCUUUUGAUAUAUUGUUGUUGUAAUCGACGCGGUGGGAAAUAUCCAGUUGGUGAAAAAGAAAAAGAUAGAGGAGGCUGGGAUAGUCAACCUUUGAAAGACUAUGCAGACCUGCCGAUGGAUGAAGUUAAUGGCGACGCUAUCAAAAAUCAUAAAGAGCCUGUACGUAGCGCUAGUCAGAAUUCUAUUCAAAAAGAACCACUAAGCGACGAUGAAGGUAGCUUGGACGAUUAUGGAGAGGAUACGAAGUUUAACGAAGAUGGCUCGUUCAUCGGACAAUAUGGAGAUGACGACAAGAAGCCUCUGAAAGUCUAAGUAUCUCUAUUAAUAAAGUUGGUGAUCUCCAUUAUAAAAAAGAUGGUGAAGAUUUUCCUCGAGCCUGGAGAUGUGCAUAUCAAAUGCGUGGAAAUUAUUUUGUGAUGCUUGUAUAUGAUUGGUUGAUACUUAUUCGAUUUUGAUGGUUCGACAAUGUCACGUGACAAAUCGAAUUUGAAUUCGUGAAUAAAGAUUUUCUGGUUUUUUUCGGAGACUCGGAGUGAGUAAACCCGAGUUGAUAUGCUGCAUAUUUUUGACUGUAUAUGCGGGGCUGUAAAUGCGGGACUGUUUAUACACUUAUUUAUUGUUUUUUUUCUAUUUUAUAUAAUAUACCACUGUUAAAAGUUUUAUCUCUAAGGCGACUUUGAUUUUUU